AUGCACGAAACUGAAGUCCUCAUCGUCGGCGCAGGCCCCACCGGCCUGGUCACGGCACUUUGGCUUUCGCGCCAGGGCAUCAAGGUCCGCAUCACCGACCGAGCGGAACGCACCGCCACAACCUCCCGCGCGCUGGCAGUCCAUGCUCGGACUCUCGAACUGUAUCGACAAUUGGACCUCGGAGAUCGGCUGGUGGCCCUGGGCCAUCCGUUGGGGGCAACGAACAUCUGGACACAGGGAGUGCAUCGGUUUCGCAUCCCCUUCGGUCACUUCGGAAUGGGCCUGACGCCGUAUCCGUAUAUCUUGAUUGUUCCUCAGGAUGUGCAAGAGAGAUUGCUGGAAGAGCGGUUGAAAGACUUCGGGGUGGAGGUGGAACGGAACAUGGAGUUGGUGGAUUUCGCGGAGAACGAUGGCGGAGUGGUGGCGCGGUUCAGGGACCCGAGAACACGGAAUCCCUCGCUGGUGGAGUUGAGCGGAGUAGCAGAUGACCUCCAGCCGUGUGAAGCCGCAUACAUUGUCGGGUGCGACGGCGCCCAUUCCGCGGUCAGGCACACGGCAGGGAUCAAGUUCACCGGCGAGACGUACGGUCAAAUAUUCUUUGUCGCCGAUAUCGAGGGCCAAGGGCCUGCCAUCAACGGCGAAGGACACCUCCAACUCGACGGCGAUGUCACAUUCCUCACUCUUGCCUACGACUCUAAGAGACAUGCGCGACUGAUAGGCAACGUGGAUGGGAAGCAGCUGGCUGACAUUCAAGCGAAGGAGGAUAUUUCGAAGGUCAAUUUCGAGGACCUGGCCCUCGCCACACCAGCUAUGCGCCAGAUGAUGCAAAUCGACAAGGUGAACUGGUUCACGGCGUAUCGAGUUCAUCACCGCGUGGCCGACAAGUUCCGGAGCGGUCGCGCGUUUCUCGUUGGGGACGCUGCCCAUAUCCACAGUCCAGUCGGAGGACAGGGGAUGAACACAGGCAUCGGCGAUGCGAUCAAUCUCGCUUGGAAGUUGGCUACUGUAUUACAGCGAAAGGCGGAUGCAUCACUCCUAGAUACCUACGAGUCGGAGCGACGAGCCUUUGCGCUGACUCUCGUCGAGACGACCGAUUCGGCCUUCAACAAAUUGGCUGCCAGAGGUUGGCUGGCCAAUUUCAUGCGCAGUUAUCUCAUUCCGUUUGUCGUGAAGCUUGCAGUCAAAUUUGGCUUCGUUCGUCGACGGAUAUUCUUUGGCUUGUCACAGCUCAAGAUACAGUACCAACACAGCCUGCUAUCUGCCGGGUCUGCCGGCACUAUCAAGGGUGGAGAUCGGCUACCAUGGGUGUCAGUAGGUGAGGGCGACAACUACGAAUCUCUCAAGCAAAUCACCUGGCAGGUCCAUGUGUACGGCGACUCUUCGCCUGAGCUGGUGAAAUGGUGCCAGCUGAGAAACAUUCCGUUGCAUUGCUUUAGCUGGACCUCUCAGUAUGGUCAAGCAGGAUUAGCACGGAAUGCGGCAUAUCUGAUCCGCCCCGACACAUAUGUGGCAGUGGCUGAGGCCUCAGGUAAACCCGAGCGAUUUGAUUCUUUUUUCCGCUAUACCCAGCUCAAUGUUUCCUAGUAAUCUUUUAUCCCGCCUUCUAAUGUCUAAUGUCCAAG